GUGAGUGUGUGUGUAUAUAUAUAUAUAUAUAUAUAUAUGAGACCCAUAUAUCUCAAUUCAAUUCUCAAUACCCACUUCACUUUCCUUAAAGAAAAUGGCUUUUGUGAUUUCUCAGUCCCAGCAAUCUCUCACCGGAGAUGACACAGAAAAUCAGACACAGAUUGGUCCUGUUAGCACCCAGCUUCACUUGAAAUCAUCAUCUCAACCUUGCUCCAAGGCCUUGGAGAAAGAAGUUAUUCUCAGACGGCUUCGCCACCAUAAAAGCUUGAAUAAGGUUAGAAAUGCUUUUCAAGCUCUGGCGAGCAGCUGCGAACGUGAAGCCAUGGUCUCAGCCAACCAGCAGAUGUGGCUAGACCCUGAAGACGCCUUCUCCUGCCCUUGAACUUCUGUUGCUCCCUCUUGGUGUUGGACCCAUCACAUGUGCAUCCGUGAGGCUAAUGGGUGAGAACCGAGAAGACUUGCGGGCAGCAAAAAUCUACUUCCACUGUUAAUUUUUAGUAUAAGUGGUAUUGUAACGCUGAUUGAUGGCAGCUCAAUCACAACUAAUCUGUAAAAAAUAUUUAAAAAAAAAUUGUCAAUGUUAACAUGUUAUGAUAUAAAUGAGAAAGAACUGAUGAAUUCAUUGUAUUAAAA